ACGAGUUAGUCAGUAAAAUUCCCAGCUAUCAGACUAUUUUACUAAAGCUGAUGAUGGAGUGGAAGUUGUGGAACAGCAAGUGGACCGGACACAUGGAGUAGAUAAAAACAUAGCGUCAUCGUUGCCACAGAUUUUAGGUUAGUUUGAUUAUUAACUUGAUGGAUGUUUAUUGCUUGUUGUAUUUGAACAACCUCUAUGGGCCUAUAUUCGCUUUUGGGUUGAGAAAUAAUCCGGUAGAAAUAUGUCAAUCGUUUAGCGCGUCAUGAUGUUAGCUUAUCAUUUAAACUCAUUUUAAACAUUGUGGUUUAAAAACAAAUGUAACUGUUCAGGGACAUUAAGAAGCGGGGCAGAAUUUAUUUUGGCAAAUGCACGCGUUACAGCCUAAAAACGCGCGGCGCGUUAAGCACCUUCCUAAACUUAAGUUCUUUUUUGCGCCUUGAGCGUUCAAACAUGGUUAAGCAUACGUGUCAAUAUGCGAGUAUCCUCGUAAACAGUCAUUUGUGUCUUUCAUGAACAUUAUAGUUAAAGAUAAAGCAUGCAUUUGAAGUGUAGUAGGCUAUGUGAGUUCCUGGCAUUGUAUGAUGAGAUUUUAAAGGGAUAGAUCACCCAAAAAUUAAAAUACUGUCAUCAUUUACUCAGCCUCGAGUUAUUCUGAACCUGUAUGAAUUUCUUUGUUCACCUCAACAUAAAAGAAGAUAUUUUGAAGAAUGUUCAUAACAAGAAGGUUUCUGGGCCCCAUUGACUUUUUUUUUUUUCAUACUAUGAAAGUCAUGCAGCAGCUGUUUGGUUACCAGCAUUGUUCCCAAUAUAUUCUUUUGCUUUCAACAGCAGAAGGAAACUCAUACAGGUUAAGAAAAACAACAGAAUUUUAAUUUUUGGGUGAACUAUUCCUCAAAAGCAGCCUAAUGUAGCUGCUGUUGCCAUUUGUGUCAAUAAUGUGAAUCAAACAUCACUCCAUGUCCUUGACUGAAUCACUUUUGUAAAAUAAGAAUUAAUCUAUAUUAAAUUUAUACAGUGAAGACCAUUCAGUCUAUUUGUACAUUUACUUUACACAAUAUAAUGUUUUUUAUUCAGUGCUUUAAGUUUUUCAAGUAGGUCGAUUUAUGUAUCUUUGUUCUUUUGUCAUUCAUGACUGUUUACUUGUCUUAAGUAAGCUUGGUUUUACUUAGGCUAUUAUUAUUUUUUGUGAUAUUGUAAUUAGUAACAAGAAUUAUGAAAUUUCAGUGCAUCAAAAAUGUUGAUCGGAUAAAAACCAGUGAGGUCUUAAUGCGGCCCUGCCCGCAUUCACUGAUCCACCACCACAAUAAAAGAACUCAACUUAUUAGCUAGUUAUGUUGGCUUGAGAAAGACACAAAACACUGAAAGAGUGUAGUUUGAGUUUGCUUUCGUUUCAUAUCUCCUUCAGUGAUUCACAUUCAAUGCUGCGCAAUAGCAUUGGUCAUCAACAGAAACACGGCUGAUUUUCAAAAAGUCGGUGCUUCGCAACACAGAGAGGGUGAAUUUAUGAAUGAAGUGUGAAUGUUCUGUUACAAAACGAUGUUGUUACGUAUCCUCGCGCUUUUUUAAGUGAGUAUAGGCCUACGGAAAUCCCGGUUUUGUGUUCCAAACGGGUUUGGAACGACAUGAGGGUGAUUAAAUUUUCAUUUUGGGGUGGAGAAACCCUUUAACAAUAUUAUUAGCCGAAUGCAGUUAAUUCACACACACAAUUUUUGAAAGUCCAUUUUUAUUAGUGUUGCCAUAGGUUUGUCAUUAAAAAAAUGUACAGUUUAAGAAUAAGUUUUAAAAUGUAACUAAUUUAUAGACAUUGAAACAAAAUGUGACACCUGCUAUAAAUAAAAUCCCAGAAUAACAGAUCCAAAGCACUAGGUGUUAAAAAAGUCUCUCGCUAACGUGUUGGAUUAAGGCUCCUUGGUUUUUUUGGGAACUUUAUUUUAUAGCUACUCUGGGCCAGUGACGUUAAUAGCUACUACAGCCAAUCAGAUUCAUCCAAUCACUGGAGUUCAUUUGUUGACUGUGUGGCUCUUCUUGUAAGCAGCACUACUAGCGCGAGGAGCGCAGCGUCAGGUGUUCAAGCGCAGGGCAUCAUAACUAAUAUCCACAGAUGGAAGUGUUUUACUCGGUAUGUGUAGUUUAAGAUCAUUUUUGCGAUUCAACACAGCAUUACUUUGGCAUACAUAUUAUUGAACCUCUCCACGCGCCUUUAUUACAUCGCUCCAAAAUGCUUCAUCUGCUCGCCGGACUCAUAUGCAUCUAUGCACUGACGUGUGUAAGAGUUGUCUAUGGACAGAAUGAAAAAGGUGAGCGCUUUCUAUGUACCGCAGUCCCCAUUGACAAGGAUACCAGUUGCCCCGUGCAGUCUCUGCCUGUUCAAAGCGCAUCGGUCCAGGAGGAGGAACUGAGAAACACAGUCAUGCAACUUCGCGAGACCAUUUUACAACAGAAGGAGAUAAUUGUCAAUCAGUUGGGAACUAUUAAAGAGCUGACGUCUAAACUGUCACGGUGUGAGUCUGACUCCGAAACAUUUAGGAAAAUGAAUAAGGACACAAUGGAUGAUGUGCCUAAAGAUCCAAAUGACACCAUUGACGUUCUUGGAAAAACCAUGCAGAGUCUAAAAGAUCGACUGGAAAAUCUAGAGCAACAGCAAAUGCGAGCCAAUGUCUCUGGUGCCUCCUUUCCUAAUGAGCUGAGAAAUCUACUGCAGCGUAGACUGGAGGACUUGGAAAAUCAACUGCUCAAGAAGGUCAAUGAGCUUGAGGAAGAGAAGUCCCAGCUAUAUAAUGAGACAGUCGCUCAUCGCCAGCGCACUGACAGUACUCUCAACUCUCUCAUGAACAGGAUCUCUGAACUGGAGAAAGGAGGAGCUGGAUUUAAAUCACCAGAGAAUUUCAAGAUCUCUCUUCCUCUUCGCACAAAUUACCUUUUUGGACAAGUAAAGAAAAGCCUGCCAGAAAUGUACGCCUUCACUAUCUGCAUGUGGCUCAAGUCAGGUUCGAGCCCCGGCAUUGGAACCCCGUUUUCCUAUGGAGUGCCUGGACAGGCAAAUGAGAUUGUACUGAUCGAAUGGGGCCAUAAUCCUAUAGAACUGCUCAUCAAUGACAAGGUGGCACAACUACCUCUAUCACUGAGCGAUGGGAGGUGGCACCAUAUCUGCAUCACAUGGACUACCAGGGAUGGGCUUUGGGAAGCCUACCAGGAUGGCCAAAGAUUGGGAUCAGGAGAAAAUCUGGCCCCCUGGCAUCCUAUCAAGCAGGGAGGAGUCCUCAUCCUGGGCCAAGAGCAGGAUGUAGUAGGGGGGCGCUUUGAUGCCACCCAGGCCUUUGUGGGGGAACUGAGCCACUUUAACAUCUGGGAUCGGGUCCUGCGCUCCACGGAUAUCAUUGCUAUGUCAAACUGCUCAUCCUACAUGCCUGGAAAUGUGGUGGCCUGGACUGAUAGUAACAUCGAGGUGUUUGGUGGAGCAUCAAAGUGGCCGCUGGAGCUAUGCGAAGAUCGGCUAUUUGACAAUUGAAGGUGUUUGCGGAUAUUA